AUGCGAAACCUACUAUACUCAUUAUUAUCCUUAUUACUAACACUUGCAUCCUUUGUCGAGAGUUGCGACAAAGGAUUAACACAGUUACGACAUAAAGACACUCUACAGUUGAUGAGAUGUGUGCCAACGUUACCGGGCCACCCAGACCCAUGUAUCCUCCAAACCGGCGGACAAAUGAGUUUCUGCCAGCCAGACGGUCAAGACUAUGUGUGUUGUGGAACUCCAGAACUACUAGUUGACCUAGUGGGAAGUCAGAAUAAACUUCAGUUUCCGGAUAAAUGGAGCUUCUAUCCAAGACAGUCCCAUUACGAUUAUAGUGUUUUUGUGAGGGGUUCGAAAGAACAACUAGAAAGUGAUCCAACUUUCAAAAAUCAAGUUGUCCUAACCACUCCGAAACCCUCUACAACCUCCCACACCACCACAAGGAAGCGACAAUCUUUGAAAUCCAACGUGGUGCUCCAAAUGCUCACCAUCCCGUCGCUAAGCCGUGGUAACUACUCAAACUCUCUGAAAUUGAGCACUAACUCAGUGCUCGUGAGGGAUGGCGCAUGUGUUUUCGUAGUGGACACCGGGCUUCCAGCUCAGAAGAAACAGAUCUCGAAGAAUCUCGCUUCUUACGGAGCACCUGCGAAGAAGAUCAAGUUUGUAGUGGUCACAUCUUCCCAACCUCAGUUUUCUGGAAAUUUGAAUUUAUUCCCUUUUUCUCAGUUUAUAAUGGCCGAUGCGACUAUGUUCAAGGACAAUAUUGUGUUUAUGAAGCGCUUUGAGAAGCACUCAAUCCUUGAACUCUGCUCGCCCAACUCUUUGAUUCAGUCAACUCCAGGACCAACACCGAAUUCGAUAACUGUAAUCGUGCGAAACGUGGAUUUGAUGGGAACGAUAGCGAUAGCCGGUGCACUCUUUCCGAAUGGCAAUGAUCUGAAUGUAUUUGACACGAAUUCGAUAUACGAUAUCGAUAAAUUUAUCGAAUCGAGGAAUCGAAUCAUUUGUGAAGUCGAUUGGAUUGUUCCGGCGAGUUCGUCACCGUUUCGAGUCACUCAGCUGCAUCGGAGCAAUGCGAAUUGUUAA